UUUCAUUAAAUGACUGCAUCAUCUCUGACUAGUGACUAUUGUGCCUUUGUGUGUGUUUUGUUACACUCGUAAUUUGAAAGAUUAAACAUAAAAUGCCGUGCUCGUUGUGCAAAAAGACUGGCCAUAACAGAACUACGUGCCAAAGGAAAUACUCUACGGAUUCUCUGGUGGUGAACCAUUCGAAAAGUCAUCAAGAAAUUGACAGAGUUAGUUCCUACGAAAGUGCCCAAUCCUGCUUAAAUAAUGUCGAUAAAUAUCCGAAAGCGAAAAGUAAAACUCCCAACGUUCAACCGAAUGAAAAAUCAAAUAAAAUUUGGAAUACUGGGAAAUCGGACAAAAUUGCCAUAAAUCGUAUGCCAUCGGUGGUAAACCGUGAAGCUGUUACCAACAGUUCUCAAUCAGUAAUUAAUACCGUUAAAUACCCGAAAAAUGUGAGUAAAAGAACAAACGAAGCUGCGAAUAUUGGGAAAACGGACAUACGUGUCAGCAAUCGGGAACCAUCAGGAGUAAAACGAGAAGUUAUAGCUGAUGAAAAUAAGAACGUUAUUUCGAUAAAGGAAGAAAUUACUCGGUCUACAAAUAAAAAAACAAAUUCAGCCAACAACCGCAAAUCUCACACCAGCUCUUCGCUAUUACCUCCAGAUUUGAUACUAACAAAAACCUGUACAAAAGAUACAGAAAUCACUGAAACGAAAUCAGCUAAUAAAUCAGUUACGAAACACUGGAAGGAUAUUAAAAUUGAAGAUGGCGACAAAGAUAUCCUUUGCUAUUCGGCAAUGGGGCGAUUUUUCGAGGGGCCAACGAAAGACGAAGGCGAUGGUUACAUUUAUAUGUACACAUAUGAGAGCGACAGCAUCAUUGCAGUAAAACAACAAUCCACAUUCAAAAUUGGAAUGACUAAAAAUUUGCCUGACCGCAGAAUUCAAGUGCUUGGACAUGACAACCAUGAGAAGUAUGUUAAGGUUCAUUCGGAAAAAGUAUCGUGGAGACGGCUAGCGGAAAAUUUGAUACACAAACAGUUAACGGCCAACGGGCAUCAUUGUCCUCGAAAAGAUGUCAAAGGAGGUACAGAAUGGUUCAAGGGCAGCAGAGAUGAGAUACUGAAUGUGAUUCAUCUCGUGAUAAGGUUUCUCAAUGUAUAUGCGCUACCGUUGCAACAAAAUAAUUUAUAGAAUUAAUUAAAUAAUUUGUGUUAAA